AUGGAAAAGGAAAAACACAAACAUAAAGUUGACUAUACUGUCAUUAUCCCUACUUAUAAUGAGAGACAGAAUGUAGGGAUUUUAGUAAAACUACUUUUUGAGUCUUUUUCUGAAUUGAAGACAACUUGGGAAUUGAUUAUUGUUGAUGAUUCAAGUCCUGAUGGUACUGCUGAUACUGUGCAGCAACUCCAGGAGUAUUAUAAAGAAGUUCAAAUGAAGCUAAUAUCUCGUGAAGGAAAACUUGGAUUAGGGUCUGCCUAUAUAGAAGGUUUCAAGUAUUCAAAUGGUGAAUUUAUAAUAUUGAUGGAUUGUGAUCUAUCACAUCACCCUAAAUAUAUAUCUCAGUUAAUAGCAAAGCAAAACCAAGGAGAUUUUGAUAUUGUAUCUGGAUCUCGCUAUAUCCAUGGUGGUGGAAUUUCAGGAUGGCCUUGGUACAGAGUUCUUAUAAGCUAUGGGGCAAACAUGCUAGGUAGAAUUUUACUACAGCCAAGAGCUACAGAUUUGACAGGAUCAUUUAGAUUAUACAGAAGACAUGUAUUCAAAAGAAUAUUGGAGUGCAACAUGAUGAGUAAAGGAUAUGCUUUUCAGAUGGAAAUUAUUGUACUAGCAACUAGGCUAGGCUAUUCGAUAGCUGAUGUUCCCAUUUUAUUUGUUGACAGACUUUAUGGAACAUCCAAACUUGGAAAAAAUGAAAUUUUGGGUUAUAUAAAGGGCUUAGUAAAACUGUUUUGGACUUUUUAA